CAACGGCUAAUACUAGUCGAGUUUAUGGAAUUCCGCUCCUGCAAUUUCCAAAUUCCCAUACAGCAAAAGUUUUUCAAGAAAGUCAAAGUCACCUAAUUUAUCCACACACCCCAAACCCAACCCUCCUUCUUCUUCUUUCGUCUUCUUUUGAGGAUAUUCAUGUAUAUAUCCCCAAAUAUUAAGAAAGCUCAAAGCUAGAGAGAGAGAGAGAGAGAGAGAGAGAAAUGGGUUAUGCUAAGGUGCUUCUGGGUGUGCUCCUAGUCUCUGCUCUGAGCAUAUCAACGGCUCAGCCACUGGCACCAUUCAAAUGCAGCAAAGCGGGCUCGACGUGCACCGCCCUGAUCGACUACGUGUCCCCCAACAAGACCACCCUCUCCGUCAUCCAAAACCUCUUCCAAGUCAAGAAGUUCCGCAACCUCCUCGGCGUCAACAACUUCUCAAGCACCGCCUCAGAGAACCAGACCAUCAGCGCGCAGCAGAAGAUCCGAAUCCCCUUCACCUGCUUCUGCUCCAACGGCACGGGUCUCUCUAACCGCAGCCCCGUCUACACCGUCGUCGGCGGCGAUGGGUUGGACCACAUCGCCGCCGAGGUGUUUUCUCGACUGGUAACGUACCAGGAAAUCGCAGCCGCUAAUGGGGUGGCUGAUGUGAACAAGAUUGACGUGGGGCAGGAGCUGUGGAUCCCACUUCCGUGCAGCUGUGAUGACGUGGAUGGGUUGAAGGUCGUCCAUUAUGGACACCUGGUGGAUGCUGGGAGCACGGUGGAUGGCAUAGCGGAGCAGUAUGGGACGACGUCGUCUACUCUGUUGAGCCUCAAUCAGAUGACUAAUGCUAGCGAUCUUAAGGCCGCUCAAGUUCUUGAUGUCCCCCUCAAAGCUUGUACAUCCAAUAUAAGCAGCACCUCCUUGGAUUACCCUUUACUUGUUGCCAAAGACACUUAUUUCUACACUGCUAGAAAUUGUAUUAAGUGCGCAUGUGACCCGGCGAACAACUAUACGUCACUAAAAUGUGAGGCUUCUGGACUAAAACCAUUAUCCAACUGGACAGCAUGCCCUGCCAUGCAAUGUGAAGGUGCAGGCAAUACUCAAUACAUUGGAAAUGUAUCAUCUUCAGGUUGUAACCAAACAACCUGCGCAUAUACCGGUUACGAUUCCCAAACCAUUUUUGCAAGCCUUGUCACAGAGUCCACUUGUCCAGCUUCUGAUGGAACGAACGGUGGUAUUCAAGGUUUAAGAUGGAACUUCCUUUUCAUCUCUACUCAACUGAUCUUCAUUUGUCUUCAUCUUUCCCAUUAAGAUGUACGUACUUUCUAUCGUUUUAUCCAUUCUCAACUUACUGUAUGAGUACAGGAGUGGACAUUUGUGAUGUAGAGUAUCUCAUUUGAUUUGAUUUUGGUGUUUGAGAUUAAACUUGUAGCAUCAACAAGCGGAAAAUUGAAGUUUUUUGCUUGGAGGGUUAUCUGCAAAGUUUUAUCAUAAAUGGAGCUUUAUUUUGUCCUUAUUCGAUUGGUGAAACCAUUUUCCUGUGAUUUAUCAGAUGAGCAUGUAUUGUGACGCUUGACAGAAAUAUGUUGAAUACGUGUUUAGUACUGAAUUA